CAGUCCUCAGCAGCAAAGGGUGCCAGGACACCAUUGCUGCUAUGAACUUCAGGCUCCAGCUUGGCCACUCCUCAGCUAGGAGACCCAGUCAGUUCUCUGAGUCUCAGUUUUCUCAUCUAUACGAUGGGGAACAUUACUAAAGAGCUGCAUUCUCAGCCCAGCUCUAUGACAGCCAGGACUCAGCCGAGCAAAGAGCACCGAGGAAGACUUCUCAGGCAGGGGAUGAGCACAGGCCUCUUACAGCCUAGCGCCACCCUCUCCAGGGGUGACAUCCUGGAUGGGGCCAAGAGCCUGCGAGACUCAGAAGGAGGCCACAGCACAGAGGUCUCAAAUGCUGACUGAGAGGCAAGGGUGCUGUCGGAGGAAGUGGACUCUGGGGAGCACACAGCACAUCCUGAGCUGGAGGGGCCCUGGGUGGGGAGAGGGCUCAGCCGUCUGACCCUAUAAGCAUGGAGGGCCCUGACUGGUCACUUGGCCCUACUGGGCCAGGGUUAGGGUUUCCCAGAGAGCAGCCCCAUGAAUGAUUGAUGUCCUCUCAGCUUGGGUUUCCUGCCCUGCCGCCUCUGUGUCUCCAGGUGCCAUGCUGCAAGCCCCUGUAGGGGGCCAGGCGGGUGGCUGGGCCACUGGGCAGGCCAGCACGCCUCACUUCCAGCCAGCGGCCUGUGCCUCAAGGCACCCAGUCCGUGUCCAGCAGUACACUGGGGACUCCCAAUGGACACUGCUAUGGAAGCCAACUUGGGCGCUGCUGGCCUUGGGCCCCGCACAGAGCUCGAGGAUGAGGACUACUACCCUCAGGGUGGCUGGGACACAGUAUUCCUUGUGGCCCUCCUGCUCCUGGGGCUGCCAGCUAAUGGGCUGAUGGCAUGGCUGGCUGGCUCACAGGCCCGGCAUGGGACGGGUACAAGGCUGGCCCUGCUUCUGCUCAGCCUGGCCCUCUCCGACUUUUUGUUCCUGGCAGCAGCAUCCUUUCAGAUCUUGGAGAUCCAGCAUGGAGGGCACUGGCCACUGGGGACAGCUGCCUGCCGCUUCUACUACUUCCUGUGGGCUGUGUCCUACUCCUCUGGCCUCUUCCUGCUGGCAGCCCUCAGCCUGGACCGCUGCCUGCUGGCACUGUGCCCACGCUGGUACCCUGGGCGCCGCCCAGCCCGCCUACCCCUCUGGGUCUGCUCCGGGGUCUGGGUGCUGGCCACACUCUUCAGUGUGCCCUGGCUGAUUUUCCCUGAGGCCACCAUCUGGUGGUACGAUCUGGUCAUUUGCCUGGACUUCUGGGACAGCGAAGAGCUGCCCCUGAGGAUGCUUGAGAUCCUGGGAGGCUUCCUGCCAUUCCUCCUGCUAUUCGUCUGCCAUGUGCUCACCCAGGCUGCAGCCUGCCGGGUCUGCUGCCGCCGCCAGCCUCAGCCCUCAGCCUGUCAUGGUUUUGCUCGCGUGGCUAAGACCAUUUUGUCGGCCUAUGUGGUCCUGCGACUGCCGUAUCAACUGGCACAGCUACUCUAUCUGGCCUUCCUAUGGGACAUCUACCCCGGUUACCUGCUCUGGGAGGCCCUGGUCUACUCGGACUACCUGAUCUUACUCAACAGCUGCCUGAGUCCUUUCCUCUGCCUCAUGGCCAGCACUAACCUUAGAGCCCUGCUGCGCACCAUGCUUUCCUCCUUUGCUGCAGCUCUCUGCGAGGAGCAGCCAGGUGGUUUCACACCGGCUGAGCCACAGACACAGGUGGCCUCUCAGAGCCCAGCGCUAACAGCAGAGGCCCAGACACCCCCUCCCCUGACCCAACCUCAGGUGAACCCCACGGCCCAGCUGCCCCUGAGUCCCGUGGCCCAACCUCAGGUGAACCCCACGGCCCAGCCGCCCCUGGAUCCUGUGGCUCAAUCUCAGGUGAACCCCCCGGCCCAGCCACCAUUGGAUGAUACGGUCCAGCCACAGUCGAGCACAGAGGCCCAGUCCUCUGGUGCUGCUACUGAAACCACCAGGCCCUGUGAGGAAGCUUCCUUCAGCCCAUCUCUAGAUCCUUCAUCUGAGGCCUCUGCGAGCCCAGCAAUGCCGGCGGUCCCCGAAGGAGAAAGCCCUGGAAGUGCUCCACCAACAGAGACCCCCAAUGCAGGCCCCACAUGAGGAUCUAAGAAGGCCAGGCCUGCCAGGGCAGCAGAAAAGCCAGAGGGAGUGGAGGAACCAGCCAGUUGGAGAGGCAGGAAUUGCAGAGAACAUCACUGUUGAAAACCCCACCAAGUCCUCUGACCUGGAAGAACUACAAAGGGAAAGUGAAAUGAAGCAGCCAAAGGUCCCACAGGGUUAGUGUCAGCAUCCACUGCCCCGUCCUGUCAUGCUCUUCCAUGGUUGCUGCCAACGCAUAGUCACCCAAUAGCCUCCUGAGCCAUCUCUGAUGGUGUCCUGCUUAGUUCUGUCCUCCAGUACCUCAGAAGCCGCCUCCUCUGUACUUUGGUCCUGCUGGAGGAAGAUAGUAGGUCAAGCCUGGACACAGGGACAACAAAAAGAAAAAUCCCUGCAGAAAAAGGAGCCCACCAAGAGCUGUAGCUCCAAGCAGAAGCCAGAGGCCCCAGUGGCCCAUGGGCUGGCCUGGCCUGGCCAAGCCCUCUCUAACAGUACCCUGUCCCAGAAGACAGUGAGGCCAGUGUAAGAUUUCCCUCAGCAAGGAAGCUGGAGAAGAGGCAAAAGUGGCCAAGCCUGGAUUCAAAUCUACUUCUGUGACGCCUUUCCUGGGUGACUCAGGACAGACUACUUUAGAGUUCCUGUUUUGUGGGCUAUUUUGAGGAUUAAAUGAGGGAGCAUAUGAGGUACCCCCAAAGGAGCCAUGUAGCUGGGGAUCAGGGAGGAGAUGUCCUCUCCAUCAAGGGCAUACAGAGAUAGCCCUUAGGAUGGCUGGCUGGAGGCAGGUGGGAGAGCCACCCCCUGGCCAGAGCACCUGGGCUGCUAUGACUGGCCUAGGCUGCAGACACGUAGGUGGCCUGAGAGAUCGUGGUGCUUGGACCUCUGCAUCCUGCGGGGCAGCGAGGGGUUGGCAAGAGACUUCAAAGCCUGAUUCCAUUCGUCACCUGCCCCCAAACCUCCCAGGGAAGGCUGCACAGAUUCUCUAGAGGGGCUGCAGGUAGAGGGUGCACUAGACCCAACCUCACCCAGCUAAGCUUAAGGGCACAGUGUAGAAGUUAUCUGAGUGCACCAGUGGCCCCAGAAAGGGCAAAGGUUCCCAGAGGUCACCAAGCUUCUAUCAGGCAGAGCCAGCUUCUUGACAACUGCAGAGACUGCCAGAAAAAAGAGGAAGCACUGCAAGCCUGUUCCCCAUCUCCUGCCCCUAGUGUCCAAGACCACAGUCCCUACCCCACUCCCCCCACACAGUCCUUUCCCACUAGUUCAGCACUGGGAUCUGCAGCAGCUGCGAGAUGCCCUCCCCAGCAGGUAUAAUGAAAGUGGCAUUUUAUAUGCUGCCCUUCCCAAGAUUGUACCAUUGUAAAAAGGUGGCAUGCAGUUUGGGCAGCUGGGUGUGGUGCAGUGAAAUCUGGGUUUGAGUCCUAGCUUCCUCUUGGCCUCAGUGUUUGCCUAUGUCAAUUCAGGAUAAUGUUUUUCUUGUCAGGUAGCAGGUUGUGGUUAUUAUCAGAGCCAAACAUAGGAAGGGCAUGGAUUACAGGGACUAAGACAGGUGAGAGAGGGAUUGCUGGGCAGAUGUGAGUUAUUUGAACCUAUUCAUCCAAUAAGUAUUUACUGAGCCCAUGCUAGUCCUGAUGCCUCUCUGGCUGGCCCUCCCUUUUAGAGAUACACAGGUGAGGUUGAGGUUGUGAUCUCUGGUGCUCCAAAAGAGUUAUCUGAAUCUUGACUCUAAUAUUCACUGUGUGUAAACUUUAGCAAAAUUCUUGGUUUCUUUGGAACUCAGUUGCCAAUCUGUAAAAUGGAGAUCAUAACUGAUUAAUCUCUAUGAAGUGUUUGGAUCUUUAUCAAAUAUACAAUAAGUGUUCAAUCACUGUUAA